CUCGGCUGAUGUUUCUGAACGUGCAUCCUAGACAUUCCUAGAGUGAGUCGGGCUGUCGAGUGUCGAAUUUACAUUCCAGUUUAGCGAAAAAUUGGAGCGUCAAACGGCCGAUGAUCGCAGCGUGGACUGCAUAUCGAGUUGUGACAUGUUGUGACGUCUUGGAAAAUUUCUUGAACACAUAAAGGAACAUGGAGAACUUCCGAGACAGUCCGAGCUAUCUCCAAACGAUUUGGGCUCCGAUAGCCUCCGUAGGAUGGUACCUCGUGGGGCUCGGCAUCAUCGCGUUCUAUACUUUUCCACAUAUCCAAGAGAAAUACAAGAGUUGGAAAGUCGCGAGGAGUCGACGAGAUACCGCACUCGGCAAGAAGACCGACGAAUUGCCACAAUUGUCAGCCAACGUGGAACUGGCGCGACAGAAAAUGCAAGAGGCUUACGACAAGAGUCGCGCAUUAGCUCAGGUCAAAGAGGAAGAGGAAAAAGAGAAAAAGAGACUAAAGGUCUUGAGAUUGCUGGAAAAUAAAAACGUGGGUACAAAACUCGGUGGUGCUGCAAGCGACGACGAGACCCCUGGUACAAGUACAAAAUCGAAGUCGUUCAAAUCAGAGUACAAUCCCUUAACGGGUGACAAUACCCGUGGGUAUCGUCCUCCGAAACGGAGCUGUUGUAAAAAGGGUGGAUGCGGUUAACCAUCAUUUUAUGGGAUCCCAUAAGAAAAAGACAAUUUACAUUCUUGCGAUUUUAACGACCGUGAAAAUAAAAGAGGGAAGCAACUUACGGGAAUCGAAUAGACAUGCUUGAACUGCGGUACAUACGAUUUUUACAAGUUCUAAAAAUUGUCAAAAAAACUGGUGUACGUGCAAUUGUUACAUUAAUUCAUAACAUGUACGAUUCUUAAGCUUUAAUAAACUAGAUCGAUUUUGCCUAUCGAAA